CCGGCCGGCCGCUGCAGAUGCGUUAGCGUCUUCGGUGUGUAUAGGGGCAGCCAUGUUCCAGAACCUAGCCAUGCACCUGCCUUCGUACCAGGACGGCUCGAGCGCCGCGUCGGCGGCCUUUUUGCACCCGGGACCACCGGUGUAUGUGCCGGGCACCAGGCCGCUUGUACCCGUGCCGCAUCAGUACAUGCAUCACCAUCAGAUGUCGUCCAUGGGCAGCGUGGCGACGUCGUCGGCGUCUUCCCCAGCUGCCCCGUCGGUGGCGGUGAGCUCCAUGGCCGCGGCCUCCAUGCCCGCGGCGCCCGUGUCCCCGGCAGUGGCGCCCCCUCCUCCGACGUCGUCUCCGGCCAGGGGCCACCACCACCACCACCAUCACCACCACCACAACCCGGCGUCGCCUCAGCCGCCGCCUCACCAGCAUUCGUCCGCGGUGCAGCAGGGACACAGCGGCCACCUGGGCGGCGUCUGGGGACAAGCGGUGCGCGGGUCGCCCGACACGGCGGCGGCGGCUGCUGCAGCGGCGGCCGCGGCCGCGGCCCAGUACUCGAGUCCUUCGCCGGCGCACGGACACCUGGCGGCGCACCACGCGAGGUUCGCCUUCCAGGGCGCAUCGGGCGUGACGAGCGUGGCUGCGGCGUCGUGCCGUGAAGGCCCUUCAGCGUACCUGAGCCGGGCGGCCAACGGUCUGGGUUCGUACGCCUACAUGGGCACCGAGGUGACGCCCUGGGUCGGCGUCGAGUCCAGCCUGUCCUCCAUCCAGGGUGGAGCCUCACCCUUCGCAAGAAUCACUGAUUCGUCUGACUAUGCGGGGUUCGGUGAAGCCAGGGAGUGCGUCAACUGCGGUGCCAUCUCCACGCCCUUGUGGCGCAGGGAUGGCACCGGCCACUAUCUGUGCAACGCGUGUGGCCUGUAUCACAAGAUGAAUGGCUCCACCAGACCCACUGCAAAACCACAACGAAGAAUGGUACUGCUGCCGACUACUUCUCGUCGCGCUGGGCUGUGCUGCUCGAACUGCGGUACCACGGCCACUACCUUGUGGAGGCGGAACAACGAAGGUGAACCCGUCUGCAAUGCGUGUGGGCUCUACUUCAAGCUCCACAACAUAAACCGGCCUUUGGCAAUGCGAAAGGAGAGCAUCCAGACUCGCAAGCGCAAGCCCAAAGGCAAGACCACUCCUGAUGGCAAAGGACCGCCAGGACCCGAGAACCUUUGCACCUCCACUAAGGUGGAAAAGGAUGAGCCCCUAGCUUUACAUGUGACAUUUGGUCGUUGUGAAGAGGACUACGCCAGUGCAGCAUCAAGUCAUGGUCCCCGGAUCUCAGAGCCGAAAGGAACAGAGGAAGAAGAAGCCUUGCAGCGACUGGCUUCGUGCUCGUCGACGCGCUCUCCGAGCAGCACCUCGUCCCGCUCCUCCCUGAGCAUCCUACCUAUCCAGGACAGCAAAGGACCCUGGAACGCCUACGACGACUACGAGGGCACCAGCCACAGCGAUGGCGGCACGGACAAGAACUCUGACCCCGCCCGCAUCACAGACCUGGCCUGAUGGCCCAAAAAUAGCCCUUCCGAGUGGGACUGACUCGCGGCCAGCGUCGUUCGGCGUACGCCGGCCCCCGCUCAUCGUGCCGCUGCUGAGAACAAUGGAAGCCUUCGGCCGUGCUGUGCAUAAUUUGGGGCCCUGCAUCUCAACUGCUCUCUCUCUCUUUCUUGAAGAGUUUUAAAAUGUUUUUUUUUUCUCACUUUUUUUCCCGUUUUAAAGUGUGAUGCAUUUUUGUAGUAGCACUUUCGUGGCGCUGAUGCGUUUGUGCGUGGUUGUGCAUGUGUUUGUCUGUGUAAGCGUGCAUGUUCCUGUGAGCGAAGGUAGCUGACUAGCUACUGCAACUGCCUCUUUAGUUGCCUAUAUAUAUUUUUUUUUGCUGCCUGUGUUCACUAUGCGUUCCUAGCUGAACAUAUGACCUUAGGCGCUGUCUUAUGACAUUAACGUUAUGACAUCGCGCUGUAUACUAUUUGGUUGUGGGAGCAUGUUUGGAAGGCCCUUCCAAUGCAAAUGUAGUUAUCACUAUAUACAUAUAGCGACAUUUGCUACCAGUGGAAUUAGUGUUAAGCGAUAGUGUUGAACGGCACAAAAUGUCCAUGCGAAUAUUGUUUACUCACAGUUGUCUCCUGUUUUGUUGGACACUUUCUUCUUCGAGUGUGUGGUAUAUGCAUCAUGUCUACCGGCAGACUUUAGGACCCUUAUAAUGUUUUAUCGAAAGAGCAUAACUGCUUCUGGCCAGGAAGGGGCAGCAGUUUUUCUGAGUAGCUUCACAGGCUUGGAGACUGACCUCCGUACCCGGGAUGUUUUUCCUCUCGUCACUUCACCUCAACAUGAGAACGUUGAUAGCAGCAGGGGCGUAGCCAGGAAUUAUUUUCAGGGAGGGUUUAACCAUACUUCAUGUAUGUUCGUGCGUGCAUUUGUAUGUGUGCGUGUAUAUAUACGCAAGCAAAAUUGAAAAAUUUCGGGGGGAGGGGGGGUUGAACCCCCCCCCCCCUCUUGGCUACGCCCCUGGAUGGCAGCAUCGUCCCUUGACAGAAGCAGUCGCUGUGCUUUACAGAAGUUUGAUCGUAAUUAUUGAGAAAGCGUCUUGUUCAGUCCAGGGGUGGUGCUGUGCUCAGCUCAGCUGGGUGGAGGAAUAUGUUCGAGUUUAGAAGCGCUUGAGUAUACGGCAGUAGUCAUUAGUAGACGACGAGCCAUUUCGGCUGGCACUUUCUAAGCCUUGUCGUAAGCAUCACAGGCAGCAGUGGGCGAUGUCAUGACAUCCACACGUAGCUGUAGAACAUAACUUUUCUCUCUCAUCUCACACCCUGCGUUGCCCCUCCCCCCAUCAUGCCUUUUAUGUUCAACCAAUGUUUUUCUUUUCUGCACCGCCACCAAAACGUAUUCUCAACUGUGAUUUCGUGUGAGGAAAAAAAAAAGGGAAGACUGGUGGGAGCUUUGAAUAAACAGGCCAGAGUGUUUGUCGAGAGCACGCUUUGAAGGAACGUUGCAGCUCUUAUCCACCACAUCGUGCAGAUGCUGUCGGCAGCUGGGUCACCCAUCUCGUAUAGCUGUGACCAACUGUAUUUGUUUUUAGGUGACGUGCACUGCAACUUAUACUUUUUUCCUGCAACCCGAAGAUGUCCUGAAGACAACGUUAUCUCACAUAACAACUAAAGCGACGCGUGAUGCACUGUAUCUCUCGAACCGUUUGUCGUGGGAACACUCUUCUUGACGCGUUGUUUACACUGUGUGCAUGCGAGUGAGUGUGCGUGUAUGUGUGUGUGCAUUUGCAUGACAGCGAGUCGCAAAAUGAUGCGUUUUAAGAGAUUUGUGGCAAGCAUAAUAACUGCCUUAUGCCUCCGACGUGUUGCUAAGCUGACACAGGUAUGGGACAGAAUAGCCCUUAACUUUCACCCGUAGCUAUCGUGCACGAGCAAGCCAGGCCUAUAGCUGCAGAUUACUACGAUACUUUGUACAACAUGCAUACAAUAACGUUUUCCUUUUUUUUUUCGUGAGCCUAGAUCGUGAAGGGGAGUCACGUGUGUUUGCAUAACUAUAAUAUACUGGAGGAUCGUCCUGUAGUGCAGCACAAUACGGCUUCUCAGCACCAACCACACUGCAAAAGCGUGUUGUGACCUAUACUUCCUUGCAUUUUUGGCACUAUUAUUUUUUUUUGCGUGUUUUCUGAGCGUCUUUUUUUUUCUUGUAUUUCGUUCUUCACGUAGUUACUACAAUUAUGAGCACAGUGCUCGGAAAAUACUCACACCUGGUUUCUUGUGAUAGCUCCAAGCUUUGUAGCAAAGAGAGAGAGAAAGAAAGUGUACUACUAAAGUUAAUCGCCAGUUUUUUUAUAUAUUAUUAUUGCUCCAAAUGUACUUUAUUUAUCAGUACUUCUCGUAGCUAGGCUCGUGGCAAGUGCCUUUGUUCUGAGGCUGCUUGAAGAGCAUCUGCCCCCUUUGCUCGUCCCUCUUUAUUUUUUACUUUCCCUCCCUUUCCCUUGGAGGUUAAAUGCAUCGACGUACCGCAGAGAUUUUUCACAUUUUGCAUCUCAGAUGUGUGCUUUUUAUGUGGGAGUGCACCAAAACGCAUGACGUACUUGUAGCCUCAUCCCGCUUCUCUCUUGCGUACCUGCAACAUUGCUUCAUCUGUGUGUUGCAAUUCGGAAGUCACCCCUAGGUUGAUGGUUUUACUUUAGUUGCUGAGUAUAUUUAUAAUAAAACAUAUUAUUUCACGGUG